AUGGGUUGUUUUUGCUCCAAGUCAAAAGAUUUAGCUCAGGGAAUCGAUCCCAGUCUUUAACCGAUCCAAAGAAAGCGCACUCAAGAAGAAGACGAUUUGCUGAAGUCUUUGUAGAUUCAAUUGAAAAUCAUGGAAAAUAAAAUAAAGUUGACGCUUGAUGCACUCAAUGACUUCUAAAUUUCUUAAGUGGAUUAGGAGAUCAAAUCUCUUGAUAGUAAGACCCAGGAAAAAGAAAAUGAUAGCUAUAAGAAUGCAAUCGAAUUAUUGUAAAAACUGAAACGAGAUUGCUAAGAUAUUGCCAACCAAAUGAAUGAUGUUCGAAAUCUCAAAUCAAAGCAACUAGGUAGACUAUAAGACAUAGAAGAAGGAGAACCAGGUGCUGCAGAUACUAUUUAAAAGCUUAGAGAAAUUGAACAAAAUAUAAAGGUGCUAAAUGAUAAGAUAACUCAACUUGAGAAUGCAUUGAAUCAGUUGAAGGAUUUAUUAGCAUCAUACAAAGAUUCAUCUGGUCUUAUAUAGAAGAUAAAUGACGCACUAAAUCUCUUGGAGAAUGAAUUGCCUUAAAUUCGCUAGAGCAUUGAUAAACUCAACUAAAUGUUAAAGCCGAUUGAGAUACUCAUCUAGGAUGGAAUACAUGACAAUUAAAACUAUGAUAAAGCGAGCUAUGAAAAAGAUGGUAGAUAGGCCUUGGUAAAGAGUGAGGGGUAGAUAUAAAAUUUAAAUAAAAAUAUUCAAAAUCUGGAGUAGUAAGUAAAAGAAUGUGUCCAGAAUAGAGAUGCAGAGACUUCAAGGUAAGGCAAGGCUGAGCCAGCAGACUUGGCUAAGUUAUUUGGAAAAGUGUAGGACAUAUAGAAGAAUCGAGAUUAGUGCAAAAGUGAGUUUGAUAAGAUCAAGAAAGACUUUAAGGAAAUCAGAGGCAUUUUUGGUGAACUUUCUCUGCUUUCCAUUACUCAAUCUCAGUUAGAUUUGAUAAAAAAAGAAGUAGACUAUAAUAGCAAUUAGCUAAAUAAGGACACUGAAAGAAAAUUGCAGCACGUCCAUUAGGAGUUGAUAUCAUUCCAAUAAGAGCUAAAGAAAUAAAAUUUAGCAGCAGCUACCUAUGAAGAGAUUACAAAGCUAGCAUUAUAAAGCAAAUAGCUAAGCAAUCUAGUUAAAGAAGCCUAAUAAGAAGUUGCACUAUGCAGACUUCAGAACAUUUAAUAAUUACUCCACGAAGAGUCUACUAAAUUAAAUGAAGAUAUUCAAAAUUUGUUAGAGGUUUAUCAUAGAUUGCCAGAAUUAGAGAAAUCUAAAGUUGAUGAAGCUUAGCAAAAUCUUAUAUAAGUUAAAUAAAGCUCUGAAGCUCUGGCUAUGAAGGCUAAAAAUUCUAAUGAAACUGAUGUAAUUAAUCAAGUGCACAGUUAAUAUGAAAAAUUGAUAAGAGAUAUUAGAGAAACUGCCAAUAAAUGCUCCUCAGUUGAAAUUCCUCCAGAAUUGGAAGAAGUCCAAGAGGAAGAAGUGCAGCAAGAGGAAGAGCCACCUGUUUAACAAGAGGAAGUAGUUAUUUAAGAAGAACCUAUUGAAACCCAAACUUUUGAAGUGGAGGAUAAUACUCCUUUAGAAGAAGAGAAAUCUCCAGAAAAAAAUAAUCAUAGCAGUCCUGUCAUUGACAAAAAAUUCAACAAUCAAGUUGAUCAGAUGAUUUAUGAGUUCUAACUUAAGAGUGGAACAGAUCUUAUCUUUAAAAAGGUAUCAGAUGGAAGUUAUAUAAUAGGAACCAGAAAGGUAUCAGCAAAGGUAUUGAAUGGUAUUUUACUUUUAAGAGUAGGAGGUGGAUUUAUGGAUGUUGAUAGUUUCAUUAAGCAAUAUGGAGAGUAAGAACUUGCCAAAUAGCAUAGACAAGAGGCCACUUAAUAAUAACAGAUGAGAGCAAGUAUGGACAGUUUGAGUUCAGCUAAGUCUGCUGCAUCCAAAAUCAAAGUAAGAGUAAAGGGAAGAAAUUCUACAGCAAGCAAAAAGAGCAUUAUUGAUUAGGUCCUUUCCUAAAAGUCCGCUCAAAGAGAAGAUUCAGUAUUUGAAUCUAGCCCAGAACAUAACCACACUCAGCCUGGUGAAUAUGAAAUAUCACUUGCUGAUGAUGAUGAUGUUGAUGAGUCUCAAGGAUCUACUAGUAUUAAUGACAGCACAUAACAAGAAAGUCAUAGAGUGUCACCAGACCAUAUGAAAUGA